AUGUUGACCGCAUCAUCCAGCAAAGCUGUAGGAGAGCCUGUUGGAUCAGGGACUACAAGACGGCGUCCAAACGACGACGAUCUCGAAGCCGGCAUUAUCACAGACGGACAGAACGAUAUUGCCAAGAACGAGCACGGCGAUCGGAUUACCAUAGGCGUUUCAGGACGGAAACGAUUUCAGAAAAUCUGGGCACGAAAGUCAAAGGCAGGACGCAAAACAACACAGCAAUACCAAGUACAAAACGAUGCACCACCAGCAAAUCAGACACUGUCUAUUCUUCCUACACAGGAAGAAAUCGAUUCGAGAGCUGAAACUAUUGAAUAUUUAGUAGUAGGAUUGGUUCUCGCCGACAACCCGCUCAAGUACAGCACGAAAGCUACUGGUCAAUCUAGAGACAAGGUGCGAGAAAGCCAACGUGCUGCAAGAGGAGUUCUUCCGCCAUACAAUAACGUCUUGAGGGCACUCGUACCAACUACAGACAAUAUUUCAUCAGGAAGCAUUAAGUAUUACGUUUCAUGCCAUGAAUUACAUGGCUUGUGUAAUAUACGGACGAUCCCAGGCGAGGCUAUCUUCUACUUUCAGGAGAUAUGGGACGACGUUGCGGACGGUCUCACUGUCAAAGACAGACGUUCGCAGUUGGGACUCGCGUGCAAGAAGCAUGCAGCUCGCGACAAAAGACCACCCCAGAGAGCUCUGAUUCCUAUAUCUGCCAAUAAUUCGACGCCGUCCAAUCUGAUUUCGAUUACGCCAAUAGUCAACGCUGCUAAUAUCCUCAUGAUACAGUAUUCGUUAUACUCUAUGUCAAAGCAGCCUUCUGCACUUGCUGCAUUGCAGACUACGUUGGAGAAUAUCCUCCCGGAUCUUCGUAGUAAGCCGGACAACGAAGGAAUACUUUCUUUCUACACCUUUGACGAGGACUUGGAGCAAGAGGAGGCUGAGAAAGCAGUAAAUGCUAUUAAGGUUAUGUACCCGGGAAUGAUCGAACUUGAUCCAAAAUUAGUGGUCGAACUACAUGCAGCUCUUCGGCGCACUAAUCUCGGCGGUGAAUUGCCCUAUCAAAGUCUAAAACUCUUUCUUCUGUGGGGCCAUGACCGUGCCGUAGCAGGUUGGAAGCCAAAGCAAUUGGACGAGGUCGUGAAAGGUAUCAUUCACGAUAUUAGAAUUCGUAACCAGGACGAUGAGAUCUCUGCAACUCGGACAGUGUCCGAGUCAGCCGACACAGUAUCUGAUCUCAGAUCGUUCAUUUCAGGGUUGAAGGCUGCCUUGCAAGAAAUAGUCGACUAUUUCAAAGCACAAGCAAAAGCUAUGCGGGAGCAGCACGGAGGAGUCACCACUCAUGCGUCGAUGGACGAAUUGAUGACUAAGAUCGGCAAUUGUGUUGAUAAGACGGCUCUUAAGGUUCUCGAGGAGCAGGUGAUGGCCAUUCACGCCGAGCAAUUGGCAACCGGAAACAGCAAUGGGGUCGGCUAUAUUGAGAUUUGCAUCGCUCACAUUGAUCAAGCCCUUGCUAACACCGCUAUCCCCGCUUGA